CGGAAUGGUCCGCCACGGGAGAUUCUCGAGAGGCUGCCAGGUCUGUAGAAAGAGAAAGAUCAAGGUACUGCUCAUCAGACUCACUGUCUAUUCAUACUUUUAUCAUCAGAUUCUCUUAUACUUUACGUCAAUGCUUAUUGAGUGAAAUCAACAGUGCGACCGGGCGCGACCGCAUUGCAACCAAUGCCUAAAGUCUGGGUGGAAAUGUCCACAGUAUGGUGAUUCUAUAGAGCGGAUGUUUCUUUAUCACAACCCAGGGAAUCCAGAUAUAAACAAUGGUCACAAAGCAACGACUUCCUCGCCAUUUUCAUGUAUUACGGCAAGGAUACAAAGUCCUGAACUGCCAGUAAAUCUCGACCCACCAACUGCGAACAUAUUAGGCGGAAACAUAGUCCAAUCCACGGAAUGUCGUGCAAUCGGUUUCUUCAUGUCGGCUCACACCUUCCAUAACAUCGGUCUCAUCCGGGGCCAUUUCGAGUAUUUAUCCAUAUUUAACGAUGAUGUCAUGAAUGAGCAACGAGUUUUUGCGAGCCUCCGUGCUGUUGCGCUAGCAGCUUAUGCCACCAAGUUUCAAGAUGUUGCUCUUCUCAAGAAAGCCAGACAGUAUUACGUUGCAGCGCUUCGACAUAUCAAUGCAGCCUUAUUGUCCUGCCAUGAAGCAGCAAAGAAUGCUACCAUUAUCUCGAUUUUGUUCCUAAACACCUUUGAGGCUCUGACUUGUGAGAGUGUGGACUUCCCCUAUCAAAGAGAGACUCACUUAAAAGGUGUAGCGUCGAUAUUGGACAUUCGAGGGGUGGGACUUGUGCAAUCUCGUCCCGGGCUUCAAUUGUUUCGUCAAACCCUCCUCUGCAUUUCAGUGACAUGCUUAAUGCGCUCUUUUCGAAUACCCAUGGGAUUGGUAAAGCUUCACCGCCACACUGCUGCUUACAUGGAUACUAGUGAUCCUGCGUGGAAUUUAUCAGAUAUCAUGAUAGAACUGUCCUAUUUCCGCGCAAUGGUCAAGGACCGUACGCUCUGCGAUCCUGAGAAAAUAAUUGCAUCUGCCAAAGAAAUAGACCGCAACCUCUGCUCGCUCGCUGAUAACAUGCCCGAAGACUGGCGAUUCCAGUUCAUGGAAUUAGAGACUACAUCUGAACUCGUCAUGGGAAUGCAGCUUCACGUGUAUCCCGAUGCAUGGGUCGCAGGUGUGUGGAACAACAUCCGUACAUGUCGGUUACUUUUGCAUGGUGAGAUCAAGCAGCAAUUGGAGAGUGUGCUGGACACUUCUCUAUACGAUGCUGUCCAGUAUCAGCACUCAGUCAUAAUAAUGCAGCAGCUCGUUUCAGACAUUUGUGCUUCCGUGCCUCAAUACUGUGGUUACCUACCAGUAAAAUCUGGUAGUGUAUCAUAUACGCAGACAGUCAGCAAUGGGAUCCCCGCUAUCGCUGGUAUCUACCUCCUAUUCUGGCCUCUGCUAUAUGCCGGGCAGAUGGCUAUUUCGGAAUAUCAGCGAGAUUGGAUCAUUGAUCGCAUGCGCUAUAUCGGCGAAACAACCGGUAUUCAGCAAGCCUUUGUGUUUGAGGCUAUACUAAAGCGGGGUGUGGACCCUUUUCAAUAGACAAAUGCCGAGAGCAGGGGUCUUGUCGGUUCUGAUUGUGACGAUCACAGUAUCGUAAAAGAUCAUUCGGGAAGGCCAUAGGUGUCUCGGGGAAAUUGUAUAUGCUAUUGCUGGAUGGAAUGGAUAUGAAAUGUAUAAACACGACAACGGUUCAGACGGAUAGAACUGGGUAAUCUUUUUAGAACCGCAAAGAUAAUGGCAUCCAGGACUAGCACUAAGGAUUAUCGUUGCAGCCUACCCAUCCGACAUAAUUCGGGCAGCAGCUGGAAUGGAGUCCAAUAAUUGGUCGAAG